AGCCGCUCGAGCGGAGCUCAAGCGGGGCCCGCGCGAGCGGCGACUGGACGCGCACGGCGGCGCGGCGCAGCUGGUGCCAGGAGAUGGACGCCAACCAGGAUGCGGACUCGUACUACGUCCAGGACUGCAGACAGGUUCAGAACAACACGCACACGGUUCAGACGUUGACGGGCCAGAUCUCCCGGCUGGUGGGUGCACUGGACGACCGGCGGCACUGCCGCCACGUAGUGGACGAGGCGGUGGGCUCGGUGACACGGACGAUCCUCGCCCGCAUACGGGAGCACCAGAAGCAGGCGCAGAAUCCCGCCGAGAGGAAUAACCGCCGCAUGAUGUACCAGAAGCUCAGCGACAACCUCGGGAUCACAGCACGCGUGCUGGAGGAUGUCGACCUCCUCGGUGUGCUGUCUCAUGGCGUCCCUGGCUGCGGAGGCUUCCAGCGUGGACGCGGCCGACGCGGCCGGGGGCGACGAGCAUCCGCCGGGGCAGCCCCUGAAGCAGGACGAGACGGUACAACAGCCGUGAGGUGCGUUGAGGAGCACAUGGAGGCCCUGAAGCGCAUCUACACGGAUUUGGCGAGUGUCGCGGAGGAGCACGAUGGCACGUUCGAGAGCAUGAGCAUGGAUAGCCUCUUUCUCAGCACGUCCAUGGACAUCGAGCGCGGCCGAGAGGAGAUCCAUAUCCCCAGCUACUACAGGAUGAGUUGGCUGAGCCAGAGGACUCGAGGUGGCGGCCGCGGCGUGCGGGAUGGACUCUGUCGCCGUAAGUGUGCCGAGGAAGUGGACAGUGGCCGGCGGCUCUCUGGCAGUACUAGCUACCGUCGGCCUUCUCAUGUCGAGUUGAAGCGACCCGACUUGAAGACAUUCCACAGAGGUGUGGUAGCGCUUGGCGGCUCAGUCGCACCAGGCCGAGUUUUCUGUGAUUUGGCGCGCUUCUCCCUCUUCGCCCUCGCCUUAGAUGUUCACUCAGUAUGGGUGGCCAGACAAUGUUCCUUGUCUGCCUCUGGCACUCCACGAUUACCGCUGCCUGUUUGA